UCAAGUCGGCCACGCCCACUUUUGUAUUUACUUCAAUAAAAUUUUCUACGAUUGGAAUUUCGCAAAUAAUGCUGGUUCCGAAAACUUGAAUCAGUUCGUACUUUUCCGUCUUUUCCCUCUGAAUAGUCUGAAUCUCACUGCCGAAGAAUGGACGAUAACUGGGAGGAAGAGGGACUUCUGCUUUUCCACAGGGUUGACUCGGAUCAGGUAAUUUACCAGCGCGGCCCGAAAGGCGUGAAAAUGGUCGGACGAUACGUGGUGGGCGAAGUCCUGGGCGAAGGUUCCUACGGAAAGGUCAAGGAGGCCCUGGACCAGGACACGUUGACCAGGAGAGCCAUCAAGAUUCUCAAACGAAACAAGCUCAAGCGAAUUCCCAAUGGAGAAGCCAACGUUCAAAGAGAGAUUAAACUUUUGUCUAGUCUGAAGCACCCAAAUGUGAUAAGUUUAAUUGAGGUGAUGCGAAAUGAAAUCAAGGACAAACUGUACAUGGUCCUCGAGUUCUGCCUGUUCUCCCUGCAGGCCUUGUUGGACUCUGUCUCGGAAAAGAAGCUUCCAUAUUCGCAAUCGCACUACUACUUCUGCCAGCUGGUGGACGGACUCGAGUAUUUGCACAGCCGAAGGGUGGUGCACAAAGACCUGAAGCCGGGCAACCUGCUGCUCACCAUGGACGGCACCCUGAAGAUCUCCGACUUUGGAGUGGCCGAGGUCGUCGGCCUUUUCGACCCUGAGGACUCGUGCCAGGACGGCCAGGGCACGCCCGCCUUCCAGCCACCUGAAAUCGCCAACGGGGCCAACACCUUCUCAGGGUUCAAGGUUGAUGUGUGGGGCUCAGGAGUGAGUUUGUUCAACAUGUGCACAGGACUGUACCCUUUCGAAGGUGACAACGUGUACCGGCUUUACGAGUCCAUUGGUCGGGGCACUUUCACGAUGCCCCCAAACCUUGACCCCUCCCUGGCCGACCUCCUGUCCGGUCUUCUUUGCGCCGACCCGCACAAGCGCUUCAAUUUGAAUCAGGUUCGUCACCACCCUUGGAUAGUGCGGAAGAUGCCCAAGUGCGAGCCGUGGGUGGAGGUGCCCGGCGACAGGGUGCACUCAAUGAGCGUCCUGCCCUACCUGCAAGACCUCCACUAUGGGCCUGACCCUGACGAGCAGGCCUUUUUCACUCAGCGCCAGAUCAACGAGGCCAGGCAGCUGGCGGAGGAGAACAGAAAUCAAGAGCUGCAAAACAACAAUACAAAGACUUCUUGCAUCUCAUCCAAAAAAUUCUCUUCCUGUAGACAAUCCUAAGGUUUUAAACUUGAUUUUAGAAGGGGAAACAAUUGUUAUUAGUAGGGCUUGCACAUAUAAUAAUAAUAAAAAAUACAAAUUAACGUUUAAAAAUU